CGCCACCUUGGACCCCUCCCACCCUUCUAUUUGCUUCCUGGCUCUGCUACUGCCCACCCUGACCGCGGCCUUUGUAGAACAACUACCCCAACAGGAGUUCUCGUGUUCGACUAGAAUUUCCGACGAUAUGAAUGGGAGCGAAACUAACAUCUAUUGGAGGUGGCGUCGAGAGUGUGCCAGGCCUACUCGAAGGAAUAAAAGCCAGAAGCAACAGAUGGGGCUUGUGGAACCGCGUCGGAGGCUAAAGCUUGCCGUGAAUUGGGUAUUCACGGCGAUGUGGAUCCUCGUGUCAGCUGUCACCUCGAUUAUUCGAAGCCCGCUGCAGAGAGCUGGGAAGAGCCUGCUCACAAAGAGCAAAACGUCUGCCGUGUUGGCUUGGCGGGGGAUCAAGCAGCGCUUUGCGCGACGCAGCUUAUCCAAGAAGCCCGCUGCCAUAAGCAAGGCCCGUUCCCUUCCAUUUCUGAGGAUAUUCAAAAGAGAAUCUCCAAUCAAACUGAAGUCGCUAGUCAGCAGGGCGAAAAAGCAGCCUGCUAAAGUGAGUUGUGCUGUCAUUCGUCAUAUGAGGGUGCCAUUAAAACGCCUUUCUCACUCAAUUUUCCGUUUUCCGCUGCAGAGGAGCUGGUUUGGCUCGAGGUCGCGAGUUGCGCCACAGGCGCAGAUGCAAGACGACCCGUGGAUUGUUGACUCGAAUGUAGACACGUGGCCAAGUUUCGCCGCUAGCGGCCAACAACUCAUGCGGCGAGGCUUCUCCCUGGACAGCUUCAUGGCAGCGGAGCCUGGACCUCCCUGGGCCAUUGCAGACAAGAGCAGGUGUCUUUGCACGAAGCGGUCUUCCCAGGUUGAAGCGAUUGAAGCGACACAGCCUAGUUGUUUGGGCCUCAGCACCCGGGGGGUGCGGUGGAGCCGAAUCGGUGGCAUGUGCGGCAUCCGUGCAGCGCGUUGGGAGACGCCCGUCGGCGACUUGGGCGGUGGCAAGGCGAUGGGCUUUGAUGAGACAGAUGGCGAUGGCGCGCCAGGGUGUGAUGGCAGCAGCUGCGCCGCGUCAGCGCACAGCACUACGGACAACUCGACGGAGUCCGCCAAGGAGCGGCAGGAGAGAGAGUUCCUGGCCGAGCUGAGGAAGCUGGAAGACCGCUGCAGGCCUCCGCCCUCCACCGCCAUAGGCCGACACUCGCUCAAGGGUGGACGCGCCAAGUGGGAUGCUGACCUCAUAUCUCCAAUACUGGGAAGCGAAGGUGUGGGCGGGAAGGGCAGGAGCAACGAGGAGCAGGAGGGCCCAAGGCAGGGCAUGCUGACAGGAAGGACGAGCACGAAGCGGUUCGGCAGCCACGAUGUGAGUGCUGCCAUGGCCGCCUCUGCUGUAGACUUCCCUGCCUGCGACCCCACUGCACUGCUGCCGCGCUCCGCACGCCACAGCUCCUGCUUUGGAGGCACUUCCCCGCUCGUCUAUCUGGAGGUUGAUGAAGAUGCUGAGAUGUACGGUGGAGAUGCGCUGAUGGACGGCGUGGAGUUGGAGGUGGUGGAGGAGUCGCUGCCCGGGUGGGGCAAGGAGACGGUGCGGUGCUUCAACCCCUGGUGGAGCUGGUGGCGCUGGGACGACGACGCUGGGCCGUGGGGCAGUGACGCCGAGGACGAAGACGAAAGGGGAAGGCGGGUAGGCAACGAGGAGAAGGAGGGGGGGGAGGAAUACGGGGAGGAAGAGGAGGAAGAAGACGAGGACGAGGAGGAAGAAGAAGAGGAAGACGAGGAGGAGGAAGAUGAAUUGGAAGAGGAGGACGAUGACAGUGAUGAGGAGGACGAGGAUGGGAAAAGGAAUGAUGUACGAAAGGGACUUAGUUCUUUUUGCCAAGGCGAGAGUCAUGCCGAUAGUGAAGUGGGGGGAGGAAUGGAAGUGGCUGUGGCUGAGAAGCGUGGGUGUGACGGAGCAGUAAGGAGUGUGAGCGGGGGUCGGGCGAGUGAGGGCGGUGGUGGUUCGCAUGGCAUGAGGGGCUCGUCGCCUGCAUGUGUGCGAUCUAGCGAUGGCGAGGCGAGUGAUGGCAUCUGCUGGAGCGACUUGGCUGACAGCGAGGGGCUGGGCGUGCGCAGUGGGGAGGAGGCGGAGGUGCUGGAGAAGCUGUUGCUGUACGCGCAGAGCGGCAGCACGGCCGAUGGAAACGCCGGAGAGGUGGACGUGGCAGCUUUGGGCGAUGCUGCGAGUGUGGAGUGUUGCGACGUGCACGGCGGAGCUAGCAGGUCCAGCGUGGGUGGUUGUGAGACAACAGUGGAGAAAGGCGUUCUAGAGGGGGGCUGUGUCAUGGACGAGAGGGUGAACGUGGAGGUGGCGAGCAACUCAGGUGGCCGCACACAAGACAGCAGCACCGCUGGUCCGUGCUCAGUGCAGGCGGCUGGCGUUGGUGGCUGUGGUAGGCGUGGCGAAGCAGUGCAGUGCGCGAGAGCAGUCAGCACCCUUGACCUGCAACCGGAAGGUGCAGCGCCUGGGGGUGCGCUUGAGGCGGAGAUGCCGCUGCAGCGGAAGCUAAGACCAGCAGGCAGGCGGAGCAGCAUGGGCGGUAGCGAGGGCGGGCCCGCGGCUGAUGAGGAAUGGCAGCGCGCGGCACAGGCAGUGCUGGGAGCCUGCAGUGCAAGCAGCGAUGGCAACGUGAGAAUCGUGCGGUUUCUAGACAUUUUUGACGUGGGGGGGUGUGUGGGCGAGGGGCGGUGGGGCAAGGUGUUCAGGUGCCAGCACAGGACGUCGGGGGAGUGGCUGGCGUGCAAGACGCUGCGCAAGUCGGAGCGGCGCAUCCCCGUGUUGCAGCAGGAGAUCAACCUGCUGACGUCGCUGGCCCACGUGCCCAACGUGGUGUCGCUGCGUGGCGUGUACGAGGAGCCCAAGCGCGUGCACCUGCUGCUCGAGCUGGGCCGCUGCGACCUCUUCUCCGUGGUGGAGGCGGGCGGCGGGGUGGAUGAGGCGAGCGCCAAGGCCAUGUUCCGCGGCAUUGCGCAGGGGCUGGCGGACAUCCAUGCGUGCGGCAUCAUCCACCGCGACAUCAAGCUGGAGAACGUGCUGCUCGUGGGACCGGCUGCCACCAGGCCCAGGGCAGACUGGGGGCAGGGAGACGAGGCAGCAGGGGUGGACGCAGCAGAGGAGGUAGAGGCAGGCACGUGCGAGUACAGGGAGCAGGACGCAGUGAAGAUCACUGACUUUGGGCUGGCGGCGCAGCUGCAGGUGGGGCAGUGGAUGGGGCCGGACGUGACGGGGUCGCCGCACUACAUGGCGCCGGAGGUGGCGCUGGGCGCGCAGUACAACCACAAGGCGGACGUGUGGUCCGCGGGCAUCGUGCUGCACGCGCUGCUCUUUGGCGUGUACCCCACGUGGAACGAGGACAAGGGCGCCGUGGACAUAUCUCGAGAGAGGGUGAGGAAGGCGAGCGAUGCAGGAGGCUCGACAAGUUGUGAGAGGAAGGCAGGUGGGCUCAGCAGCACAGGUGGCGAUAGCAGUGGCAACGGUGGCAGUGCUCGCAAUGGUGGCAGUGGUGAUGUUGGAGGGAAGGUGGGUGUUUCGCGGAGUGCCCGUCGGCUGCUGAAGUUGCUGCUGCAAGUGCGGGUGGAAGGGAGGCCCACGGCAGAGCAGGUGCUGCAGCACGAGUGGGUGCAGUCGUGACCCACGCACCGCUGCUCCCUCCCCACCACACACUAUGCCGCCAACUCAGUCCCCCUCCCCUUGCCUCGCCAUGUUUUGCUCUACCUAACACUGCAAUCUCACCUAAAAUGACCCUCGGGCUAUGCCUGACUGUUGUGUGCUUGUGCUUGGAACACCAUGCUCUUUAUAA